GGAAGUGAAGGCGGUGGACUGAUGUGUGUCAGGAGGAGUGCAGGAAUCUGUCGGUAACAUUUGUGUUCAGCGGCGGUUUUCUGCUCCAGAAGAUGGACUCUUUCAAUAAACUGAAGCAGUUUGACGCUUAUCCCAAAACUCUGGAGGAUUUCAGGGUGAAGACGUGGGGAGGAGCGACCGUGACCAUCAUCAGCGGCGUCAUCAUGCUAAUCCUGUUUGUCUCUGAGCUGCAGUACUAUCUCACUAAAGAGGUUCACCCUGAGCUGUACGUCGACACGUCGCGAGGAGACAAACUGAAAAUCAACAUCGAUGUUAUUUUCCCUCACAUGCCCUGCGCCUAUCUCAGUAUAGACGCCAUGGAUGUGGCCGGCGAGCAGCAGUUGGACGUUGAACACAAUCUGUUCAAACAGCGUCUGGACAAAGACCUGAAACCUGUCACCAUCGAGGCAGAGAAACACGACCUUGGUAUGGCUGACGAUGGUGAAGUGUUUGACCCCAGUUCACUGGAUCCAAACAGAUGUGAAAGCUGCUACGGAGCUGAGACUGAAGACCUCAAGUGCUGUAACACCUGUGAUGACGUGCGGGAGGCGUACCGGCGGCGCGGCUGGGCGUUUAAGAGCGCCGACACCAUCGAGCAGUGUAAGAGAGAAGGAUUCACGCAGAAGAUGCAGGAGCAGAAGAACGAAGGCUGCCAGGUGUACGGCUUCCUGGAGGUCAACAAGGUGGCAGGAAACUUCCACUUUGCUCCAGGAAAAAGUUUCCAGCAGUCCCACGUCCACGUGCACGCUGUGGAAAUUCACGACCUGCAGAGUUUCGGCUUAGACAACAUAAACAUGACUCACCUGAUCAAACACCUGUCGUUUGGUAAAGAUUACCCCGGCAUCGUCAACCCGCUGGACGAGACCAACGUCACCGCACCACAAGCAUCAAUGAUGUACCAGUAUUUUGUGAAAAUUGUUCCAACCAUCUACGUGAAAACUGAUGGAGAGGUGGUAAAAACAAAUCAGUUCUCAGUCACCAGGCACGAGAAAGUAGCCAACGGGCUAAUAGGAGACCAGGGGCUGCCGGGAGUCUUUGUUUUAUAUGAACUGUCACCCAUGAUGGUUAAAUUCACAGAGAAACACAGAUCAUUCACACACUUUUUAACAGGAGUUUGUGCCAUUAUUGGAGGAGUAUUUACAGUGGCCGGCCUGAUCGACUCGCUCAUCUACCACUCGGCUCGGGUCAUCCAGAAGAAGAUAGAGCUGGGCAAGGCGUCCUAACAGCGCCCCCCGCUGGCCUCCACGGUGCACUACAGGCCAAGACACGGACUCAGAAAGACGGAGAGAAGAGGGACGGAGGGACGGAGGGACGGAGGGAGAGUUAGGAUCAGGAUCUGUCUUUCUGUCAGAUUGAGAGACAGAGAGGUUUAAAUCAGCCCGUUUUUAAUUCCUCUGUCUCUCUGUUUGUUGUGGAGAAGCUCUGAGAGGAACUCGUGCUCCUUUUUUUGAGUUUUUCUCUCCACCGUUUUAAUUCGUUGCCAGCAGGACGGAGUCAGAAUCACAGCGACGCCGGGAGACUUUUUGUGAUUGAACUCAGCAGAGAGGAGGAGGACGCCUCCACUAACUCCUCCUCCUCAGAUAGAGGAGGAGCUCCUUCUCUCUCCUUUUCCUCCUGGUCACCUCCUGCUGCAGCGCCGCUCAACGCUUCAACUCGCUUCACUGAAUGUCCGUCAGCGGAUCUGAGGUCCAGAGGGGUGAGAUGAGACACGGAGACUUUUUAAAGGGACACGUCACCCAAAAGGUUCAGUUUGACCUCCUGCAGCCUGAAACGCUCAGUGUUUGAAGUCUGAGGCAGAAAUCAUGUUUCCUCUGAAUACAAGAAGCUCUUUUAUCAUCUCACUGUAACAAAUGUAUUGAGAUUAUAACACUGUUGUCAUGGUGAUAUUUGAUACUUUUCUUAAUGUCAACAAGUCCCAUGAAAAAAGUGAAACCAACAAAUAUUGUAUGUAUUCAAACUUCUACGUGCUCCAAAAACUGUUAAAAACUCCUUUCAUCUCUUCCUUUAUGGCCACACACACACACACACACACACACACACACACAUGAGGGUUGUGUCGAUACUAAAAUGUUCAACUCGAUAUUGAUACUCAGGAAAAUAUUCGAUACUCGAUACCAUUUUCGAUACCACCAGGAUAAAAACAAAGACCCCAAAAUUUAACAGAAAUAUUUUUAUUAACAAGAAAAAUGCAACAUGUAAAAAUGAACAGAACCACAGGUUAAAUAUUUAUAAUAAAAAACUGUUGUGCAAAAAGAAACUGCAACUAUGAUAACAAGCUUCAGAUACUCGAUACUUUUGAAAAUGAGGAUCGUAUCCGGAUACAAAGUUUUAGUAUCGAUACUUUUGAUAACCCUAACACACACACACACACACACUGUAGUGUAUUUUAACUCGGUUCCACACACCGUCCUGCUGCUACAAACACUUAAUAGAGCACCAAAUGUGGAUUAAUCCGCCGCUGAAAAUAGUCCCAAAGAUGCCGUAUUUUCUCCUGUUUAAGUCACAUUUGCUAAAAACUUCAGUGUCCAGUUUAGACAAAAAAUACCUGUUUAAUAGCUGUUUUUAAAUGUUAUUUCAGUGGGAGUCAAUAGGUUUUGGGGCUGAGAGACACAGACUGAACACAUGUUGGUUUUGGUCUUUUCAAGGGAUUUGUUGACAAUAAUAAAAAUACAGAAUAUCUCAUAGUUUCUACUUUAACUUCUCUCCUCACUGACUGUCUGUUUUUAAGACAUUUCAGUGUUUGAGUGUCUAAAACCGGUUACUUUAAAUGAGAUUCUGAUCAGAUAAAAACCUGUUCAGGAGCUGAAGGGACUAAAGGAAAGCCAGUUUGGUAAAAUCGUACCUUGACAUGUUGUAAUAUCAUGUAAUAUCAUGUUUCAGGAGUUGUGAUUGGUUAAUAUGAAACACUUUGGGUGACGUUUCCCUUCCAGAUUUUCUGUACAAAAUAUAUUUGAAAGAUUUUUUUUUCCUCUUGAGACAGCUAAAAUCAUGACACUGCACAGGCAGAUUUCUAUCCUCGCUUGAAUUAAAACCACUAUGUGUAGGAUUUUGUAGGUUUGUUUUUACAAAAAAAAAAGCAGAAGAAGAAGAAGAAGAUUCAUGAUGUGUUUUGCUCAUUUCGGAGCUCCUGAAUAUGAUCUGUGUGUGAGGGAGCACGUUAAUUAUUCCUAAUAAUCAGACUGAAUUUACUUGAUUAUUCAGUCUGAAGGUGAUCUGAUCACAGCUGCUCAACACUAACUUUAGAGCAGGGCUGUCAAACUCAAAUACACAGUGGGCCAAAAUGUAAAACUUGGACAAAGUCGCGGGCCAACAUUGAUAUUUAUUGAAAAAAUGGACCUAAACAAGUUCAAACGACAUGGAACAAGCAAAACUUGAUAUAACUUAAUAUUGCAAACAUGCAAAAUCGAAUAUCAAAUAAAACAAACAAACACAUCAAUGGCAUUCAUUUCUUACAUAAAUUUAAAUAAAAAUCCCUUUAUUUUAUAUGCGGCCUUCUUUAAAUUUAAAUUUAACAGUAAUCUUUUUCCACAGGCUAAAAAUAAAUGUGAGAAUAAAAUAACAAUAAUAAACCAAAUGACUAAUAAUAAUAUCCUUCAAUGAAUGUGCAGCCAUUCAAGCCUUGGACUAGCAAGAAAAAGUGCAUAAAGACACUUUAAUUGUUGCUCAGUUUGCUCCACACUGAUCUACUGUGUUCAAGCCAAAACACCAGCAGAGCAUUCUGGGAUUUGUAGUAUUAUUUGCGCUGUAUAAAUCCGGCGGGCCAGCUCUGGUUGUCAUUUGGUAUUUCCUCGCGGGCCAAAUAUAAUUAUACUGCGGGACAAAUUUGGCCCACGGGCCAGAGUUUGACACCUCUGCUUUAGAUUGUUGGAUAAAUGUGUCCAACUAUUAAAUAUUAUCAGACUGAAUAUCAGUCCAGCGGGAGGUUUGUGACUGAUUAAAACUCCAACAUAUCCAUCAACAACAUGCUGAAGUGAAUCAGAGAUCAGAUGAUUUCUACAUUAAACCCUUCGGUCUCUGCCUCCGCUUGCUUUACUUUCCUUGACGUUUAUUAAACUUAAUAAUAUAAAAAAAUAUGUAAUUUGGGAAACCAUGAAUUCCUGUUUUAGUAAACAAAUCUGUAGCAGCAGUUAGGAGGAAUAGUUAAAGGAAUACUUCACCUCAAAUUAUCUUUUUUAUUUAACCCUUUGAUGCACAACAUGGUCUAAAGUGACCCGACUGAGUUUUUAUGUUCUAUAUCUUUGCAAUAAAUUAAUUUAAUCAUUCAGUAUUCCAGGUUUUCCUAAAUCAAUUUGUUUUUGAUCAUCAUACAUCCUCAUUUUUUGUUUUCAUUUCUUACUUUUUGAAUAAAAACCCUUUUUGUAUCGCUACGCUUUUAAUGCACAACAUGGGUCAAACAUUUCAUUUCAUCAUUUAAUUUAAUUUAAUUUAAUAAAUUUUGGAAUAAGGCUGAAACAUAAAAAAAUGUAGAAAAACUAAAGUGCUGUGAAUAGAUUAGAUUUAGAUUAGAUUUGACUUUAUUAAUCCCACAGCGGGGAAAUUUCUUUGUUACAGCCGCAGAAAAUCACACAAUUAUAAGAUAAGAUAAAAAACAAUCUAAGAAAAGACAUUUAACAAUAUACAAAAUAUACAAAAUAAUAAUAAUAAUAAUAAUAAUAUACUAUAUACAACUUAGUGCAAAUUAAGUGGAGAAUGUGGAGAAUGUGCAGAUUAUAUGCAGAAUACCUACCAGAUAAAAUAUGAGUGUGGACAGUUACUAUUUGAAACAAAUGACUAUUAUUAUAGUAUUAGGGCAUUUUAUUUUAAAUCUAAUUUGUAUUUUAAGUCAUUUUUGACCUUGUUGUGUAUUAGAAGGGUUGUCCAUAUGUUGUGCAUCAAAGGGUUAAUAUGUUUUACCAUCAACUCUGAAGAACUCAAAGACCCAAACAAAGUAAAUUGAGGCCAAACUUAAAUAUAAAACUAUGUCAAAACAUCUGUUUACAAGCUGUCAAUCAUCCAGUGUGAUGUCUCAUUUAUCAGCUGUUUGCUCUCUACUUAACUAACUAAACCUGCAGCUAAAACCUGAUUAUUUAAAACACUUCUGCACAGAAACUCUCAUGCUUGUGCAGACUUGCUCCUCAUAUGCAUGAGACAGUUUAUGCUCAAGUGUUUUAACUGUUUUUAGGGAAAAAAUGCACAAGUAUACGAGUGGAUAAAUGAGAUUAAAGUGCAAGUUUUUGGAUUCUUCGUUCACUGUGAAGUUUUCUUCAAAAUGCAUCUGAAAGCAGGAUUAAUAAUUAAUAUAUACAGUCAUGGAAAAACAUAUCAGACCACCCUUUGUUUUCUUCAGUUU